CUUGCUAGACACGCCCAGGUACUGCAAACAAUAUGGGAGCGGGUGCCAGUAACCGUCGGACAGUGAGGGGUGAGUAUGCGUCAAUACAGAGGAAUCGGUCGGGCAGCGUGGAGAGUGCGGACGUUCAGACGAUGACUUGUCCGACGUGUCACGGGAAAGGAACGGUGGACAUCGAACCGGGUCAGAGCCCCGAACAACUCGUCGCUCUCAUUCCCUACCGAGACAAACGAUUGAAGCCGCGGAGAACGAAAUUGUACGUAGGACUGACGGUGACGAUGUGUGCUAUCGCGUCGGGAUUGCUUUUGUUCUUCUUGCUUCCUCGUUCGGUGUCCCUCAAACUGACAGAACCCCGGAUAAUCGGAUAUGCGGAGGUGGGAAACAAUAGUGUCGUAGUUGAUGUAAACUGUACUCUCUCCAUCAUUAAUGACAAUUUCUUGCCAAUCACAGUUGGAAGUGUAGAGAUUACUGUCAGAGAGACAGCAGUUCAGCUCGGUGGUAUAGUCAUCAACAGCUCGGACGCCAGCAUUUCAAUGAGAUCGACAAAGGAAUUCGUAUAUUCAGUGCAGCUUAAGUUUAGAGGCAAGCAAGGGCUCAGUGUGCGUAAACUGUGCGCUGGUGAAGACUGGAGAAAUCAUAAACUGAAUAUUGUAUUUCAAGAAUAUGUGCAAUAUACGUUUCUGAUGUCAUCGGAGAAGUUGGAGAACGAUAGCUAUUAUUUAUUGAACUGCAUCAAACCGGGCACAACUGCUCCUCCUUGAGACAUCGCAAAUGGCAUCAAGUUGAUAUUUACUUUUUAUUUUUGUACGUUUUGAUAGUGGAUAAAAUCGAUUGUUGUAUAGUUUUUACGUGAAUGGAACUGUAUGGAUUUAUUAAUGGUGCUUAUACAUUUAGGAAUUAAUUUACUGUAACUAUGCACUAGGAAACUAGCCAUGCUGUAUAGUUAGGUGGACUGUCAGUUAAUUUUUUACUAAAAAAUUGUAUAGCUGUGCUUCAACUAUUCUACUGUAUUAGAGUAGCAACUGUGAUAUUCCACAAACUUUAAUGUGGUAAAAUGAAUAGAUAAAAUAGUAGAAA